AUGGUUAUCCCCUCUUGUUGUUUGAAAGCUAAGGUGUCAGACCCUGAGCUUGAAGCCAGAUGCCAUUCCACGGUUGUUUCCGGAUGGUUCUCUGAACUUCAGUCAUCCUCUGGUAAAGCUCAGAAAGAAUUGUAUUUCAACAACCCAAUGUGGCCAGGAGAAGCACACUCCCUGAAAGUAGAAAAGAUUCUGUUUAAGGAAAAGUCAGAGUACCAGGAGGUUAUGGUUUUCGAGUCCUUGGCAUAUGGAAAAGUGCUUGUUCUAGAUGGCAUUGUUCAGUUGACUGAGACAGAUGAAUGCGCGUAUCAGGAAAUGAUAACCCAUCUCCCCCUUUGUUCCAUUGAAGCCCCGAAAAACGUUCUGGUUGUAGGUGGAGGUGACGGUGGAGUUCUUCGGGAAAUUGCCCGUCACAGCUCUGUGGAGCUGAUUGAUAUUUGUGAGAUAGAUAAAAUGGUUAUAGAUGUUAGCAAGAAGUAUUUUCCUGAUCUAGCUAUUGGCUUUGAGGACCCUCGUGUGGGACUACAUGUUGGUGACGCUGUCGAAUUUCUAAGGCAUGCACCUGAAGGGAAGUACGAUGCAAUUAUUGUUGAUUCAUCCGAUCCUGUAGGUCCUGCUCAGGAGCUUGUGGAGAAACCAUUUUUUGAGACCCUUGCAAGAGCGUUAAGGCCAGGUGGUGUUCUAUGUAAUAUGGCAGAGAGCAUGUGGCUCCACACUCAUCUGAUUCAAGAUAUGAUUUCGAUUUGCCGUGAAACAUUCAAGGGUUCUGUGCAUUAUGCAUGGACUAGUGUUCCUACAUAUCCAAGUGGCGUUAUAGGAUUUCUAUUGUGCUCCACAGAGGGACCACCAGUUGAUUUCAAGCACCCUAUCAAUCCAAUUGAGAAGAUUGAGGGUGCGCUUCAGCAUAUAAGGGAACUCAGGUUUUACAACUCUGAGAUUCACAAAGCUGCCUUUUGCUUGCCAUCUUUUGUCAAGAAGGAGGUGAAAGCUCUUCGCGAGUUCUCAGGAACAAUUCCAAUGAUUAAAAUGAUACCCUCAAAUCUUCAAGCUCUAAUCGUCGUCGUCUUCAAUUUCAUAGUACUUCCAGUUUUGGCAACGGCGGAUCUUGAUGGCGACGACGCCACCAGUAUAGUGUUUACUACUUUGGGAAGAUCAAGUUAUGCCUUUGACAUCUACUCCCUCCCAAUAUCUGGCCCAGCGAAUGAACUCAAACUCAAUGAUGGAGAAUCUGUUAAUUUCAGUGGUCAUUUUCCCUCUUUUUCAUCAUUCAACAGAAUUAAUCCUAUUCUAGCCAAACAUGCCCUUCCCUCUACGGCGCCAUUACUACACCUCAUUUACGUUACUGAACGUAAUGGAUUAUCAUAUAUUUACCUGGAUACGGUUUUCUAG